AUGGCCGUGCCCACCAACGCUCCUUUGCAUGAGCUCAAUCUGUCCGGAUCCUCCUCCAUACACGCGGCGCGUGCUCGCCCGUAUAUCAGCAUGCCGUUUCUCAGGAACUCUGUGACUGCCCGUCCAUGUCCAUGUCAACCUUGCGUCUUUAUUUUAUCCUCGAAAUCCACGACCCUUGAUGACCGUGUCGCUCGGCGUACAGUGACCGAUUCCAGGUCUGUAACCAGCCGUGGAAGUUCUUUCUCAGGUUUUACUAGUUAUUUGCUGUGCCUGCGAUAG